AUGGAAUCGUCCACCGCGUCGGCCUGGACAGACCCACUGCCCCUCAGCCUUGGCCUAAACCUCCGCUUCCCCUAUCAAGACCCUCCGGUGAGUCCCAACCUUGAGACUUCUCUCUCUAACCCAGUUUGCCCCGGUUUUAUCCAACCUCCUCUCUGAUGGGGUCUCUCUCUCUCUCUCUCUCUCUCUCUCUCUCUCUCUUUCCUCCCUAAAUCUAGGGCUCGAAGAUACCAAAGACGAUGAGCUUCACGACGACGCAGAGGACAGGCGGCGCCGCCACGAGGGAGGAAGAGGUAGGCGGAAGCAUCAGCCCCUACGAUGAAACUCAUAUCACUAUUUCUGGAGACGCAGAUUUUGACGUGGGUUUGAUUCUCUCAGGCGGGAGUCCUGAAAGGGGAGCUGACCCGGCUCAGCGAGGAGAACAGAAGGUUGACGGAGACCCUCGCCGCCGUCUACGAGCAAUACGGCGCCUUGGAGCGGCAGGUGGCGGAGAUGAAGGCCACCUCAUCGUCGGAUAAGGCCGCCUCCUCCCCUUCCCGCAAGAGAAAAGCCGACAGCCUCGAGACGGUCAGCACCGACGAUGCCGCCCUUGACCCCCACGGCCUCAACUGCGUCGAGAGCACCUCCGGGGAGGACGACGCCUGCAAGAAACCGAGGCAGGAGGAGGUCAAAGUCAAGAUCUCCAAGUCCUAUGUCCGCACGAGCCCCACCGACACCAGCCUCGUAAGCGCCCUCUCCCUCUCUCUCUCUCUCUCUCUCUCACCCAGAAGCCAUGGAGAGACGAGGAGAGAAGACCCUUGGAAGUCGACCUAAUCUGGCUCCUGCUCGGUGGAUUACAGGUGGUGAAGGACGGGUAUCAAUGGCGGAAGUACGGGCAGAAGGUCACCAGGGACAACCCCUCCCCUCGGGCCUACUUCCGAUGCUCCUUCGCUCCGGCGUGCCCGGUCAAGAAGAAGGUACUGCAUCCUCGCUUUCGCCGAUCACUAGAUCUAUGAAUCAAACCGAGUUCGGAACACCCGAUUAGAUUAGAUGUAUGAACACGCUCGAUUCAUUGGAGUGGACGCGUUAGAAUAUCAUGUUCAUCGUCCAUCGAUCUUAACUCGUAAUUAUAGGUUGAGUCUGUGGGAUACUCAGAAACUGAGCCUGAAUCGUCGCAAUCUCAGGUGCAGAGAAGCGUGGAAGAUCGAUCCAUCCUGGUGGCGACGUAUGAGGGUGUCCACAGCCACCCGCACCCAUCCCAGGCCGAAGCGGCGGUCGUCUCGAGACCCGGCGGCGGCGCCGCCCCUUGCUCGCCCUCCGUCGGCUCCUCCGGGGGAACCGUCACCCUCGAUCUGACCUCCCCGGCGAUGGCUCAUAAGGGAGGGGCCCUCAUGAGGGAGACGGGUUCGGUGCAAUUCCAUGACCUGGUGCAGCACAUGGCCUCCUCCUUGUCCAGGGACCCAAGCUUCACGUCCGCUCUGGCAACCGCCAUUUCCGGAAGGAUUCUGGGAUUGUGA